AGCCGACUCAUUAACAGAAAAAGCUGUUAUAAUUUCUUUCUUACUGUUUGUCAUAUAAUCCACUGCUUCCAUUCUUCUUCUGCAUGCUUUGCCUCAUUUCACUAUCAACACUCUUUUCCCUCUUCAUAUUUAAACCCCACCUUCUCACAACCAAACACACCCUUAAAACUCCCUCUGUUUUUCUUUUCUACAUCAAGACAAAUCUCUCUCUCUUUCUCCUCUGUGUUUUUCUUUUUGCUUCCAGUUCAAUUUUUGAAGGAAAAAUGCCGACAGAAGCGGCGGAGAAGAGGGCGGUAAGGGCGCAACAGUCCGGUGCGCUUCUUCCACCGGUGGAGUUCCACGAACCACUUCCUUGCCCACGGUGUACCUCAACGAACACCAAAUUCUGCUACUAUAACAACUACAAUUUCUCGCAACCGCGACACUUCUGCAAGUCGUGCCGCCGGUACUGGACCCAAGGUGGGACCCUUCGUGACAUUCCCGUCGGAGGUGGUUCCCGGAAGACGGCGAAACGGUCGCGUACUUGCUCUGUUUCUUCCUCACCCACCUCUACUUCUUCCGCCCUCUCAAUUGGGCCGAUUCUUGACCACAAUCCGUUUUCGCAAGCCCCUGUUUACGUUUCACUCUCUUCAACUACGGCAGGUGGUGGUGGUGGUGGUGGCGGUGGUGGGUUUACGUCGCUUUUGAGUGGUGGUGGUGGUGGGCCAGGGCUACUUGCUUUAGGUGGGUUUGGACUUGGGCUUGGGCUUGAUGAAGUCGGGUUUGGGCUUGGACGUGGAGUUUGGGCUUUUCCUCAUCAUGAAAUUGGCUCAUAUAUGAAUGGUGUUAAUGGUGGUUGUGGUGUGGGUGGAGAUAAUGGUGGUGGUUGUGGUGGGGGUGGGGGUGGAGGAGAAGGAGGUGGUGUGAGUAGGAGUGACACGUGGCAUAUGGAGAGUGGUGAAAUGGUUGGGUAUGUUGGUGGUGAAUAUUUUACAUCCUUACCAGACCUUGCUGCUAUUUCUACAUCAGGAAAUGGUCUUAAGUGAGAAUUUUCAUUUCUCCCCAUAAUUCCCUUUUUCUAGAAAAGGGGAAAAUAUUAUUAUCUAAUCUCUUUUUAUUUAUUAUAUUAUGUUAAUUAAGUUUAGGUUAGAUUAUGCGAUUGGAAGGAGGGUUUAGCUUGUAGUUUUGAUGGGGUUUAGGUAGAUUAAUGUGGGAAAUUGGGUGAUUAAUGAGUAGUGUAAUUGGACCUGCCAUCAACAGCUUGAGAUCAUGGUGUGAGUCUAAGGUAGUGAGUUUUGGUUGUAAUGGCUUUGUUUUCCAUUAAUAUAUCAUAGCCUAGGUUUAAUAUUGUUACUCAAUUGUUUCCUGGAAUCUCUCUUUCUUAAUUGUUUGAAUGGUACGUAUACGAGAGUACUAUGUC